UCUCGCGAUACUUACCCUGCGGUUCCACUGUCUUCUCGCGAGAACACACAAGCAGCCGCGGAACCAACAUGGCGGAAGAGGAGGUGCAGAAACUGCAGAAGCACCUGUCCCUGCUGCGGCAGGAGUACGUCAAAAUGCAGCAGAAGCUGGUGGAAACGGAGCGGAGGUGCUCCCUGUUAGCGGCGCAGGCCUCUGGUCACAGCUCCUCCUCCUCCACACAGCCCAGUGACUCCUUCAUCAGCCGCCUGCUGGCCAUCGUGGCUGAACUUUAUAAGCAAGACCAGUACAGUGACCUGAAGGUGAAAAUCGGACAGGAGAAGCUGAGUGCCCAUAAGUUCGUCCUGGCAGCACGCAGUGACGUCUGGAGCCUGACCAGCAUGGCCUCCACAUCCCAGCUUGACCUGUCAGAGGCCAAGCCGGAGGUUGCCAUGGCGAUGCUACGCUGGGCUUACACGGACGAGCUAGAGUUGUGCGAAGAUGACACCUUCCUCAUUGACCUGAUGAAGCUUGCCAACCGCUUUCAACUGUACCUACUGCGAGAGAGAUGUGAGAAAGGAGUAAUGUCGUCAGUAAACGUGAGGAACUGCAUUCGCUUUUACCAGACGGCCGAGGAGUUGGACGCCACCACGCUGAUGAACUACUGCGGUGAAAUCAUCGCCAGCCACUGGGAUGAUCUGAGGAAAGAGGACUUCAGUACUAUGAGUGCUCAGCUGCUGUAUAAGAUGAUCAAGUCGAAGACUGAGUUUCCUCUUCACAAAGCCAUAAAGGUGGAGAGGGAGGAUGUGGUCUUCCUGUAUCUCAUCGAGAUGGAUGCUCAGCUGCCAGGGAAGCUGAACGAACUGGACAAUAAUGGCGAUCUGGCUUUGGACCUGGCCUUGUCCAGAAAACUGGAGAGCAUUGCCACCACCUUGGUCAACAACAAAGCAGACGUGGACAUGGUUGAUCAGAGUGGCUGGAGCCUCUUGCACAAAGCCAUCCAGAGAGGAGAUGAGUUUGCUUCCACUUUCCUGAUUCGCCACUCAGCCCAAGUAAACGCAGCCACAGUAGGAGCAGUAGAGACGCCGCUGCACCUUGUCUGCUCCUUCAGCCCAAAGAAGCACAGUGCUGAGGUGAUGAGCGGCAUGGCCCGAAUCGCAGAGGCCUUGCUCAAAACCGGCGCCAAUCCCAACAUGCAAAACAGCAGAGGACGAACACCUUUACAUGAAGCAGUGCUGUCAGGAAACGAACCAGUGUUUAAUCAACUCCUUCAGUGCAAACAGCUGGACAUGGACCUGAAAGACCACGAAGGCAAUACUGCACUGUGGCUGGCUCUGCAGUACAUUACAGUAUCAUCUGAUCCCUCCAUUAACCCCUUCGACGAUGAGGCCCCUGUAGUUAACGGCACCUCGUUCGACGAGAACAGCUUUGCGGCUCGGCUCAUACAAAGGGGAAGCGACCCCAACGCUCCAGACGCCUCAGGAAACUGCCUUAUUCAGAGAGCAGCCCUUACAGGAAGUGAGGCAGCUGCCAUCUUCCUGGCCACCCAUGAAGCAAAGGUCAAUCAUAGUAAUAAAUGGGGAGAAACUCCCCUGCAUACAGCAUGUCGCUGCGGAUUAGCAGCUCUGACGGCCGAGCUUCUGCAGCAGGGGGCCAAUCCUAAUCUACAAACCCACACUGCCUUGCCUGACGCAGGGGAUCGGAGCCACAGCGUCUCAUUACAGAGCCCUCUGCACUUGGCCAUCGUUCACAACCACCCAGAUGUGGUGUCUGUUAUACUAGAGCAGAAAGCUAAUGCUCUCCAUGCCACCAACAACCUACAGAUCAUCCCAGACUUCAGCCUUAAAGAUUCCUUGGACCAGACUGUACUCGGACUUGCUCUCUGGACAGGAAUGCACACCAUUGCCGCACAGCUCCUGGGAUCAGGGGCAGCCAUUAAUGACACCAUGUCAGAUGGCCAGACUCUUCUCCACAUGGCCAUCAAGAGACAGGACAGCAAGAGUGCCCUGUUCCUGCUAGAGCACCAAGCAGACAUCAAUGUAAGGACACAGGAGGGACAGACAGCCCUGCAGCUGGCCAUCAGUAACCAGCUCCCCUUGGUGGUGGACGCUAUCUGUACACGUGGCGCAGACAUGUCAGUGGUGAAUGAGAAGGGAGAUCCUCCACUGUGGCUUGCCUUAGAGAAUGGCUUAGAGGAUAUUGCCUCGACAUUGGUCAGGCAUGGCUGUGACACAACAUGCUGGAGUACAGGACCAGGAGGGUGCCAGCAAACAUUGCUGCACCGAGCCAUCGAUGAGAACAACGAGAUCUCCGCCUGCUUCCUUAUACGCAGUGGCUGUGAUGUGAACAGUUCUCGGAGGCCUGGAGCUAACGGGGAGGGAGACGAGGAGGCGCGGGAUGGACAGAGCCCUCUGCAUCUGGCUUCCUGUUGGGGCCUCGAGGAGGCGGUGCAGUGCCUUCUGGAGUUUGGAGCAAACGUUAAUGCACAGGAUGCCGAGGGCCGGGCACCAAUCCACGUGGCCAUCAGUAACCAGCACAGCGUGAUUAUCCAGCUUCUCAUCUCACACCCAGACAUCCGACUGAACCUGAGAGAUCGGCAGGGCACAACGCCGUUUGCCUGCGCCAUGACUCACAAGAACAACAAAGCAGCAGAAGCCAUCCUCAAAAGAGAACCCGGAGCAGCGGAGCAGGUUGACAACAAGGGCCGUAACUUCCUUCACAUCGCCGUGCAGAACUCUGACAUCGAGAGUGUGCUUUUCCUGAUCAGCGUGCAGGCUAACGUUAACUCCAGAGUCCAGGACACAGCCAAACUCACACCACUGCACCUCGCCGUGCAGGCUGGCUCUGAGAUCAUCGUGCGCAACCUGCUUCUAGCAGGUGCUAAAGUGAACGAGUUGACUAAACACCGGCAGACGGCUCUACAUUUGGCGGCGCAGCAAGAUCUGGCCACUAUUUGCUCUGUACUGUUAGAAAACGGUGUCGAUUUUCCAGCUGUCGACGAGAACGGAAACAACGCUCUACACCUCGCUGUGAUGCAGGGUCGCCUGAAUAACGUGCGAGUCCUUCUCACUGAGUCGAACAUUGACGCAGAGGCCUUCAAUCUCAGGGGACAGUCUCCAAUGCAUGUCCUCGGUCAAUACGGGAAGGAAAAUGCAGCAGCCAUCUUUGAGCUGUUCUUGGAAUGUAUGCCAGAGUAUCCACUGGAUAAACCGGAUAACGAAGGGAAUACAGUGCUUCUCUUGGCCUAUAUGAAAGGAAACGCUAAUCUCUGUCGAGCCAUCGUGAGGGCUGGAGCUCGUCUGGGCGUCAACAACAACCAGGGCGUAAACAUCUUCAACUAUCAAGUGGCCACUAAGCAGCUCCUCUUCCGCCUGCUAGAUAUGCUGUCCAAAGAGCCCCCGUGGUGCGACGGCUCCAACUGUUACGAAUGUGCUGCCAAGUUUGGAGUCACUACGAGAAAGCAUCACUGCCGUCACUGCGGCCGCUUGCUGUGCCACAAGUGCUCCAUCAAGGAGAUCCCCAUCAUCAAAUUCGAUCUGAACAAGCCAGUCCGCGUUUGUGACAUUUGCUUCGACGUGCUAACUCUGGGCGGAGUCUCCUAACAGCACCAGCAGGGCGUCAUGGUGCAAACACUAAACCAGACCACGGUGGAUAGAAAUGUGGAGACGGAGAGAAGGGAGGAAAAAGAAGGGACUUAAACGUACAGAUCACAAUUUUUACUACUAUCACAGACUUUUCUGAACAAAACAACUGUGUAUGUAUGUUCUAGUACCGACAUCUAUUAAGGAUCAAAAUUAAAGUAGUGAAGGAGCUCUUAACUCUAAUCUUGAGGACCUUGUGUUCUGAGACACACCUGAUCUAACUGCUCAGCUAAUGAUUUAAGGAAAACUCCACCCUGAAUGACGUACAUAUCAAUAUGCCAUCUUCAGAAUCAACACGGCGGACUGGGUUCGUUUGGUUACUGGUUUUCUCCAUUACCCACAAUUCUGUUAGAAUACAUUCUGAUAUUAACGGCAGUGGGAUUUUAGUUCUAGUGAUGCGGCAGCGCUUUAGUCCUUUAGUGUGACAUCAUCAUCUAUACACUCUUUAACAAAGCUUUAUCAUUCACGCUAAUACUGCCAUCAGCACCGUUGUGCUUGCAGAUCGCCAGGCCUCUGGUGUAACUCGGCGCGAGUGCGACACAUAGCUGUACUGCAUUCUGGACCCUUGUGUCCAACAUUCGCUGCCUGCUAUUUCUAUUUGAGUGAGAAAAGUGGCUCUUGCUAAGGAGUGAAGAGAGAAACCUCAUCAUUAUACCAUGUUUAAGAUCUUUUUUUAUGUAGUACGUAGGCCAGCAGUGACCCUCUGUGAUGAGAAGUACAUCACUAUCCAAGAUAUUAGCACCAGUAUCUCUAAGCAUAUUACAGAUAUUCCACCAUAACCGUACUUCAUAUGUUACAGGGUGAAGUUUUCCUUUAAUGACAUAAGUCAGGUCUGUUGAAUACGGAAGACUCGAAUUAAGACCGGAGUUAAGAGCCUCUGAAGUAGCAGAAAGCAACCGAAAACAACUAUAGAGCCGUAGAACUCGAUUAAAAACCCGACACCAGUCAUAAUACGUCAGCAUAAAACACCACAUACGUAGGUUUGAAGACUUUCGGUACCGAGCAUUGAAUACAAAGGACGAUAGAAUCCGAAUAAAGAAUUAUCCCAAGAUCGGAUAAUUAGCCGUUCCUCUUCAGAGAGUUUAAAGCCUUAAUCACGUCGGCCUGAGUGAUGCUUUUUGUUUACUCUAAAAACAAGGAGCAUUGAUGAACCUUUACUAUAUCCUUGCACCUAAGGUCCACAAAGGGUUAACGAUCACCCUGACGGCCAGAACACAACGAAACACAAGGUUAACUCCACAUCAAGCACAUUUCAGUAAAUGAUGUGAUUUUCGACUUUGUCGUCUGUUUAUUAAUCCCUGAUGUGCAUCAGUUCAUGUUUGUUAAUCAGUGAGGAGUCUGCGUAUUAAAUGCACUUUUUAUUCUUCCAUUAA